AAUAGACAAUAAUGAGUUUCUUUAUGAAAACCUUUUGCUCCAUUCUUGGUCUUUCAAAUUCCCAGAGCCAAUCAACUCCUCUUCGCCGGAAUUUUCCAACUCGCGACAGAGGAUUGAGCGUCAUUUCUACAACCGGCGACAUUGAAGAAUUUGAAGCACCGGCCAACGUUCUUGAUUCCAUCGCCAUUAGACCGACCGUCAUCGCCGGCGAAUCUUUACGGGACAGCGGUGAGGGUCAUUCCAGACCGAAUGAAGACGCCGGCCAGGUUCCGACCACCGGAGACGACGCCCUUGAAUAUGCUGCUCCUGUUGGCUUCGAAAUCCGCGCUGAUGGUUUUGCAACGUGGACGGCGCAUCUAGGGCUUGAAAGCUCAAGCGAGAAGGAGAAAGGAAGUAAUCUGUUGGAGGAGCCCCCGCCGCCGGCCGAAACAAGAUCAAGAUCGACAAUGCCGAGAGCGAGGAGAGAGAAAGUGACAGUAAAGAAUUUCCCGCCACUUCUUUCCACUUUGAACCAAAACGGACGGCCUAGAUUCAGUCUGAAGAAAGUGAGAAAAGACUGUCGGUUAGAGAUCGUAAAAGUCCCAAACGAGUGGCCGGGGGUCGUACGGACUCCUUGCGGAGACGGUGGACUGAAAACACAAUUCAUCGAUGCUGAUCAAGGCGAUGACGAAGAUGUUGGAGGUGAUGGGAAGCAACGGUGGCAAAAAGAGGCGGUUCACGGCGGUUUGAAGGAGGUAGCAGUGGUUUCACCAAUAUGUGAUGAUCUGUUAAGACAAUUUUUUUAA